UGUGAUUGUAUGGUCAAGGUCAUGGUCUCUUUAAAUGAAAUCUCAAGCUAAAAAAUGUUAAACUAAAAGUUCAACAAAUUUGAUCACUUACUUCUGAGGUGUUAUUGAAGCAGAACCAAAUUUGAAAGCAUUUUUUGGUUUGACAGUAGCUAAUUACAGUUUUCAACUAAUAAGCUAAUAUUUAACUGACAAUGGAAGCAGUUCCAUCUGACAAAGAGUGUUGGUAUUACAUGAAACUUGUCACCUUCAUCCUAGGAAUUGGAAUGGAGGUUCUACAUACUUAUUUUGAGCAGAAUAUUUUGAAUGCAAAAGAACAUUUGGAGUUUUACAUGUUCUUAGAUGACAAUAAACAUUAUUUGUUUCAUGAAUGCUAUCCUAGAGUACAGUGCUGUAAGUGUUUUCAACAUUGUCUUGCUUCUCCUUCUCAAAAAGGAUGUUUAAAUAAAAAACAGUUCAUGUUAUUGUUUGAUAUCGGCCCUCUAACUGAAAUGGACCAUUAUCAAACAGGAAGACAUAAUGAUAUAACCAAAGAGUGUUUAUGCAGAAUCAUCGCAAAACGAUCUAAUGAUGUUGACUGUAUGGAUAUAACUCUUAUGUACGCAAUUGUCCAAUCAUGCUGUUUCAAAAAUAGUACAGUCAUACACGGAAAUCCAAGAUGUAUUGAAGUUAUCAAAGAUACGAGAAACUUUUUGGCACAUGUACCUAAUGCACGUAUUUCUGAAUCUGAGUUUGACAGAAAGUGGUCUGAGACUGAGCAAGCUAUUUUAGAAAUAGGUAGCUCAUUGGGAAAUUAUUUUGCUAAAGUGAACAAAAGGAAAGUCGAUGAAUUCAAAAAUAGUGAAUUAUCAAUGAAAGCAAUCAAAGAAAUCAUCGAGAACAAUGUUGAUGAAGUUAAAAAGGAUCUUCAAGCCCUUAUUGAAGACCAGAAGAAAAGCACAUUGCUGGUAAAGGAUGAGAUCAUUGCACACCUCACAAAGUAUAAAGAUGAACUCUCAGUUGAUAUCAGGAAUCUCAGAUUUGAAGUAAAGCAAUAUACAUUAGCUUCUUGUUCUACAGAGGAGACAUUCGACAUAGAAGUUCCCAAAAUGAAUGCUGCUGCAAGCGGUUCUAAAGAAUAUGUGACGGAAACGGAUAAAAAUGUGAGGAAAUGUCGUGUCGAAUGGAGACUUGAAACACCAAGCACAUGGAAUUUACCAGAAAUAAAAGACACUUUAGAGAAAUUUUCUGCACUGUUACGACAAUGGUUUGAAAUAGAAUUUGUUUACGUUGGGUCCCUAGUUAUAAAAACAUUGGUGCAAAAAAAUGUUUUAGAUAAUCGAGAUGAAAUGCGAACAGCAGUACAUUUAUUUUUGGAAAAGUUUGUUGAAGUUUGUAGAAUCAAUUCAGAUGAACAUACUGUCAUCAAAGUAGCUUUGAUUGUAGAGCCUGAUGACUUGGAUAAAGAAGAGGCAAAAGAGCAAUUAUCGAAAAUAGAAAUGAAUAAGAAAGACAAAACAACAUGCAUAUUCUGCAACAAAAGCUAUGAUUGUCAGAAUUGUAAACAGAAAGCUAAAACUAUUUCACGCCUAGAAGAUGAACUAUCUGAAAUGGAUAAAGAUUCGCCUGACAUCAAAUUCGAAUCAGACCUAGAAAACAUUGGUGACAACUUUUGUGCAAACAAAGCUCAAGUAGCAACUGGUCAUGUAUUAUCGCCAAACGCCAACUAUGCACGUCUGAUUAUUGCUGUUAAACAUAUAACACAAAAUAUGUUGAAAGAAGUUUUGGAAUAUUUCAUACCACCGAGAACUCUUGUGGCUCAAGUGAGAAAUCAAAAAUGGACACAACGACUGAAACCUUCAGAUUUGAAAAAAAUAAAUGAUGCUAAGAAUAAAGGAUAUAUUGAUUUUGAUUUACCUCUUAUAUAUACAAUUUUGCGAAACUUUCGCCUUGAUAUUCUCCCCACGAGGGGCUGGAACAACCCCACUGAUCCUCAGCAGCACGAGAUAUCACUAGGAGAUGAUAUAGAAAGAUGUCGUAGACUCUAUAAUGUCAUUAUAUACAGACCAAAUGCAAUGAUCAUGAUGAUUAGCUCUCAAGAAUUUAAGGAUUUUUUAAGUGACUUUAAAUGCAUUGCAAAAAGGUUUGAAAGUGUUCUUAAUAAACAGCCAAACGAAUUUGUGUCUCAAUUUUAAAUUUAAGAACACGAAGGUAUUAUAUAGCACCAACAGCAGUGGUUCUUUAAUCAGACAUGAAUUAUGUAAGAGCUUAUAUGUCACUUUUUUUUAGUAAGACAUUGAAAAAUGUUUCAAAUCGUACAUUUAAUGAAAAGAAUUUGAAGGUGUAAAAACCUUAGUUGUAUUAUUGUACAAGACUUUGCACACUUCUUUACAUAGCUCUUAGUAUAAAAAUGCAAUAGUUGUACACAACUCAUCAGUAUAACAUUUUAAAGGGUUGUAUACAUGUUGUAUCUCACAUAUUACAUAAUUAUGAAAGCUAUCUGAUUAUUUUCAAAUUGACAGUUUCAUAGCACUCAAAAUUUUUACUAUAUCUUUUAAAUAUUUCAAAGUUCGAUGAAUUGAUAAUGUCACUGACACGGAAAAUGGUGCUUAGCAUAUUAUAUUCAUCUUUGAAGUCGAAUUUUAUCACUUGGUUAUUUUACAUGUAGCAUUUUUCACAUUCAAACUGUAUUUGUCGAUACAUUUCAAAGUAUUAAUAAAUGAGACUUAUACCUU